AACUUGAAAUGUUUUCCAGGGCUCGGAGAUUUGGCAUAUUUCUAUAUAUCAGCUGUGUUCCUGUGGAACGGUUUAGUGAGUGCUACACUCUUUCUUUAUGGAUAUGUUUUAAGCGACUCGGUCGUUGGUGGCUUGCUAUCUGUGUCGUGCUUUUUCUUCAAUCAUGGUGAGUGUACAAGAGUACAGUGGACACCCCCACUGAGAGAGAGUUUUGCCUACCCUUUGUUUCUCUGUGAGAUGCUGACAGUUACCUUGACCUUGAGAUACCAGGAAAAACAGUGGAAGAAUGUGUUGGCGAUAGCCGUUAUUUCGGGUUGUUUCAUUUUGGCUUGGCAGUUUGCUCAGUUUGCUCUACUCACCCAAACUUUGGCAGUUCUAGGAGUCUACUUGGUGGGUCAAAUUUCAAAAUCCACAUUCCAAAGAAUUCUUCUAGGUCAGAUGGCUGGAUUGAUUCUCGGCUAUAGUCUGCUGUUUGGUAAUCAGAUGCUGUUGGCUUCUUUUUAUCCAACUGCUCUUAUAACCUGUUUUAUAAUCUGCAUGCUAGAACCACAGUUUAACAGACUGAAAUGGUCUGUUGUAAGAUGGGUUAGCCAACUCGUUGUUCUUGGUGUGGGAAGUGUUGGUCUUAAAGCUCUGUCGUCAGCUCUUCUACGGGUUAAAGAUGAUGCUCAUAUUUGGAAUAUUUUAAGAUCAAAAUUCUCAAACUAUAGAGAUUUCCACACCAUGCUAUACACUUGCGCGGUGGAGUUUGACUUCAUGGAAAAAGAGACUCCUCUUCGGUUGGCAAAAACUCUGGUUUUGCCCAUGGCAUUUCUAGUCAUCGUAGUUGUAACAGUACAGGUAGCGUACAAUAUUCUUCAGCUUUGUGCUUUCACCAUAAUGGCUGUGUUGAUCAUGAGACUGAAACUGUUUUUCACACCACAACUCUGCCUUAUAGUCUCCCUGCUGUCGUCCAGAAAGUUUUUUGGCUUUAUUCAUUCCAUUAAACUUCACUACGCCGGUACAGCCAUCAUCCUUUGCUUAAUGAGCAUUCAGGGAAUACAAAACAUCCAGCAUCAACGUAGCAUCCUUGGAGAAUACAGUAAUCCUUCGCUAGAGGAGCUUAUUGAAUGGGUCAAUAGUACUACGUCCCAAGAUGCUGUUUUUGCUGGACCAAUGCCAACUAUGGCAAAUUUAAUGCUGUCAUCGAGACGUCCAAUCAUCAAUCAUCCUCAUUACGAAGAUGCCGGUUUAAGGGAGCGGACACAGAAAGUUUACACCAUUUACAGCCGUAAGUCUCCAGAUGAAACGUACCAUCAGCUGAAAAAACUAGGUGCUCAAUUUGUCGUUCUUGACACUAAAUGGUGUUUUGGUAAAAGUAGGGAGGGAUGUGGAAUGGGAGACGUGUGGGAUGUGGAGGAUCCUGUUAAUCGGAAUCAAGAAAUGGUGUGUCAGCGGCUUUUGAGAAAACCUUUGCCUUUCAAGCAGGUUUUUCGCAACAACGAAUACGCUGUUUUGAAGCUCUAGGUGCUGCCUUUUGUGUGUGUGUGUGUGACGUUUGGAAUGUCGAAACAGAAGUAACUUUUUUGAUACGCAGAGCCAACUUACAAGUUGCUGAUUUAAUAGUGUUAUAAAAAUAAAUUUGGCAAUGCAAGGUUACACAACCUCAAAGAGAACUUUGUAUUUUUUUUUGCUCUUUGUUACUAAUAUAUAUGUUGAAUUUCUUGUUUGCAAAAUAAGGUACUUACUUUUUCAGUCUGUUGCUUUGAAUGUGAAUAUCUGUCGAGCAAGUGCGUUUUCUUUACUGGCGGGAAAUGAAGUUAAUUAUAUAUUAUAACAAAGAAAUUAGCAAUUAGUAUGUAUCUUAGUUUACAUGAACACGUUUAACACCCACACUGCCAAAGGUUUGAAGAUUUACUUUGAUUUAAUUUCUU